AUGAAGCUCGUUACUAAGGAACAAACCAACGAUUUCUACAACGAUAUUCUCAAGCACGGCUUUGUCGGUCUUGGUAUCGGUACCGUUGUUGGUUUCGGUCUUCUGUAUGCUGCUCGAAAGCGACCUGUCUACCGAACUUACGGAGGUUUCGCCAAGGCCUUCACUGUGCUCGCUCCCGCCUCCAUUGGUAUGGUCUUUUCUGCUGAGCAGCGAUCUUUUGCUUAUGACCGAGAGGCCUACAAGUUUGGUGACCUCCACCCCGAUGAGAUUGCCCGACAGAAGGAGAUCCAGGCUCUUCCCACUUCCCAGCGAAUCCUCUACUACGUUUCUCAGAACAAAUACAAGAUGAUUGUCGGCGCAUGGGCUGCUUCCGUCGGAGGUUCUCUCUGGCUCAUUAACCGAGACAAGAUCAUGACUCAACCCCAGAAGGUGGUUCAGGCUCGAAUGUACGCCCAGGCCCUCACUGUCGUACUCCUGCUCGGUACCCUUGGUCUCACCAUGUACGAGGAGAAGCACCCCGUCCAGAUCAAGUCUUACGACUACCAGAAGGAUGCUUGGAAGCGAAUGCUUGAGGACGAGGAGGCUCGACUCAACGCUGCUAAGAACUAA